AUGAGUUUAGAAAAUGAUAGCUUACUUGAAAAAACGAAAAGAAUUAUGGAGAACCUAUUAAAAGCAUAGGGAAUUUAGUAUGAGUAACAAUAUUCUACACCAAGUAUUAGUAAUUCUCCGCUUAUUUCUCAGGAAUAAACACUUAUUACCAGAUUUAGUAGAGUUAAUACUGACUUAACAAGUAUGGAGGAAGAAGAUGAUAAAUAAAAUUAAAACUCAAACACAGAUUUAGCCAUUUUUUAAAAAUAUAAUUAUGGAUCAAAACAGUGCUCUUUUACGCCCAUGUUUUGGGAAUUACAGAAUUGCGCAAAUUAAUUUUUUAUCUAUGGAGGAUUUUGUAUUGAUUUUACUUUCAAAGUAUAAGAUGAUAAUGCUUUAAAAAAAUUGAAUAGAUAAAUUAAUCAUAUGGAAUAUUAUAAAAAAGAUGGUAUUUUACUACUGCAUUAUGGAAAUAUUAGGCCAACUAUUAAAGAUUUAGGACCUCUUAUAAAAAGGGCAUAAUCUAUCAACGAUGAAUAAUAUUACAUGCUUUCGUUAGCACUUAAAGAAUAUUAGAAAGAAAUCCCAACUUUUAUAAAAGAAGGCUAAUAAAAGGCUAUAACUCUCUAAGUAAACUAGCUUCAAGAAUAAUAUGAUUUAAACUAUCAAAAAUUUGAAUAGUGGGCAGUUUAAGAAGUUAGAAAGAUAGAUCCUAAUAGAUUUUUUGCCUUUUCAAUUCACAAAUUUAACUUUUAAACACUUGAAUUUGAGAUGAAAUUAAGUGGUUAAAGCAAAGCCUUAAUGGCUUUGAGGGGGAUAGAUUUAGAUGAUCCAUAUUAAUUUACACGCAAAGAAACAUUCCAUUAUUUGGAUGGAGAAUCAAACUUGAAUUUACUCAUCAACUAAUUAUCCAGAGUUACUUAAGGGAAGGAAAUUCUUCCUAGUCUUAAUAGAAUGAUAACGUUUGAUAGAUUAAAGAUAGAAAUUAAUCAUAGAUGUAUAUAAUUUACAAAUAGAGAUGAAGAUUAUCCUUACAAAGAUGAACAACUUAAAGAUUCAAAAUUUAAAUAUGAAUUUAUGAUAGGAGUUGCCUUCUAUGAUGUUUCAUAAGAAACAUUAGAAUAACUAAUUAAAAUUCGUAGUUCCAGAAGCUUUGUUGAGAAUUCAGCUUUUGAAGAUUUCACUUACUCAAUGGAAUCAUAAAUUUUCCUUGAAAAAUACUACAGAGAAUAAUUAGAUAAAGUAAAAGAACAGCCAUUCAAAAAGUGUGGAUUUGUUAGUUAAGAAAACAGUUGA